AUGGUCAAGCUCUUCUGUAUAAUCGUUGGUACGAAAGAAAGCGUAUUUCCUGUGGAUAUUGACAAGAGACAGUUGGUGGGGGACUUAAAAGAUGCUAUCAAGGUGAAGAACUCAGACCUUCAAUGUCCUGCAAGCGACCUGCAGCUCUACCCUGCCAAGAUGGUAGAGGGCAAGUGGCUGGCCUCGAGCUCGGACGAUGUAAUAAAGCUGAAGAAGGGCGAGAAGACUCAUCACGUUGUAGAGUUAAUGAAAGAAGACCGAAAGCUGCAAGGAGAGGACUAUAUUGCCGAUCUCCUUGAAGCGGAUCUAUUGAGAACGCGCUGGACACAAAAGGAAUUCGCUACCAUCUUUAUCGGCUGGCGUCAGCACAGUGUGGAUACUACGAUCCGGCGCUCCGGAAUGAAGAAAAAGACAAGGAUGUCGCUUUUUGGUAUGAAGCCAAGAAAUUGCGCAUUCAUGUUCUAUUCAAGACAGAAAAAGAUGCAUGGCUAUUCAAAAAUGCCUUGGAUUCGGAUCCGCAUACGCUUGGCUCUCGAUUGUCCGGCCAAAUUAUUACGUGCAAAUUCACACGAUUUGAAGCUGGGUAUAUUGAACUACAUCAUAUCGCAGUUUCUCGACUAUGAUUCACAGGAGUCAGAUUCUCCGCAGACUACACUGGUAUCUGUUUCGUCGUCUACAAUCCGUUCGGUUCUGGACUUCGCAAGUGAAGAGUAUCGUUGUAUGGGAAUUGAAGAAGACUGGCUGUUUUACCCAUACGGCAAGCCAGAAAGCUGCCACAUGAUUUCGAGAAAGCAAUGCAAUCGCAACAAGAGUCCAUUUGGCAAGUUCGAUCACGAUCCGAACAAUAGGCUCGCACUUUCUCGCGAAAUGCAUGGCUUUUACGACGGUCUCAGUCUUGACAUUCCCAUCGUCAACAUGUUCCCAGUAUCUGUUGAGGAGAAACUAUCAAAUGGCAGCAGAUACAAGGUCGAGGUGUUGGUGAAGGUAUACGACUUGUAUUGCACCGAGCGCGUCUUCUAUCGUUUAAGAAGUGGAUCAUCGAGGACCGAUGAUCCACUUGUGAUGAAGACGUUUGUUUACAUCGAGAAUCCUGACACGUUUUGUUUUUGCAUGAAGUGGAAGCAUAAUGAAAUCGAGAAGGUGUGGAAGAGUUUUUCUGGCCGCAUUCGAUUGAGUUGA